AUGAACUGGGUUGACACAUGUCUGUCAUUUUCAGGAAGAGCGUCUGUGUGGAACAGAAGUCACAGAUCAGUUCUAGUGUGUUUGGUGGUGCUGUGUGUUCUUCUACUGACUGCAGUCAUAGUGCUGUAUGGAUGGAUUUACUAUUAAUCGAGUUUGUACUUCAUUUCAUCUGAGAAGAAGAACUGGAUUGAGAGCAGAAGAUACUGUAGAGAGAGAGGAGCAGAUCUGAUCAUCAUUAACAACAAAGACGAACAAGAUUUUGUUAAAAAAUAUUCUCGUUCCGAGAAGGUCUGGAUUGGUGUGACUGACAGUGAAGUGGAAGACAGAUGGAAAUGGGUUGAUGGCAGCACACUGACCUCUAGCUUCUGGGGGUCUGUAGAACCCAAUGGCCAAGGAAGAGAGAACUGUGUUUUAACUGAUUCAUCAGAUUGGGCUGAUUUCCCAUGUAAUGAAACUUUUAAAUGGAUUUGUGAGAAAAACAUCAUUAACGCUAAAUGA